AUGGAUUCUCUUAACUGUCCUCUUACAUGUGAUAUUUUUUGUGAUCCCGUCAUUGGACAAGAUGGUCAUACAUAUGAGCGAAAGGAUAUUAUUGCUUGGUUAAAACAACAUGGAACAAGUCCGAUUGCUCGAGAGCCCAUGACAAUCGAAUCGCUACGCCCAAACCAUAUUGUACGCAAGAUGAUUGACGAAUUUGCAGCAGUUUCCAAGAAGAAAGAAUAUCAAUUUCGUCUCGAUGUCGAUGUUCGAAAAACGGAAAUACGACCCUUGUUUCAAACAUUUACUAAAGCAAUCUACAAAGCUGAAUGGGUUGGUAGACAAGGUCCACCAAUUGUUCUAAUUAAAAUCGAUGAUGCGAAGACCAAUCGUGAAGCUUUGUUUUAUGUCCAACUCAGUUGUCAUCCGCAUAUUGUUCGUACAUUUGGUCUUGUUGAAAGUGACAUAAAUUCUCUUAUGCUCGUGCAGGAAUAUGCAGAAAAAGGUAAUCUUGUCAAAUUGCUACGAGAAAACAAUUUCAAACCAAUUAGAAACGUUCUCAUCGAAAUAUUUAUUCAAAUUAUUGAUGCAAUGAUUUGCAUUGCUGAUAAUAAGAUUGUUCACGGAGCUUUGGCCUGUCGAAGUGUUCUCGUCUUCCGAUGUAACCCAAUUAUUCCAGAAGAAAACCUUGUCAAAUUGACUGAUUUUGGUCUCACUAAAGACAACGAUAUUUUUUCUGUGACUGCUAGGUCAUCACAAGCAGCAAUGACGAUUAUUCCUGUCAGGUACGCUGCACCAGAAAUACUUCAAACAAAUGGCGAUAGAAUGUUUCAUUCAGAAAAAUCCGAUGUGUAUUCUAUGGGUGUGUUAAUGUGGGAAGCGUGUUCCUAUGGAACACUUCCUUUUGCCUCAUUGCGUGAUGAUAGUAAUGUCCGUCGCUGCAAAUUGCGUGACAAUCAAUUACCUCGACCAGCGAUCUGUGACGAAGGUCUUUGGUCGGCUAUCGUCCACUGUUGGAAAGUAGAAUCAUCUGAACGACCGACAUUCAAAGAAUUAAGACGUAAAAUAAUGCGUCUAGCUCAUGGAUCAGAUUUGACGUAA